UUAGCCGCUGCCGAAAUUUUUAGAUUCAUUCAUCGUUACUGUUAGUGUUGUCGGCGCAGGGUUCUGGUCGCUAUUUUACCAUUAUCAUAAUUUUUGUUUAUUCUCUUGUAAGAAAUUAGGAACAUUUCUGAAAAAUAAUGAAAUAUCGACCAAAAGCUUCUUAAGGGAGUAGCUGAGAAUAAUUGUCGAUUAUUCACUAUAUUAUAGUGUUAGCAACUGGCGAUAAUAUUGUUUAUAAUGAAUUUAUAUUGUUUAACCAACUUUAUCGAUUAUUCUCUGGCCAUUCAUCAGCCCCUGAAGCACAGCAAUCGUAUCAAGUACACAUGCUUUGAUAUAUCUGAGAAUUACAUCGUUCUCGGAGCAACUUCGGGGUCGUUGUACCUUUUUAAUAGGCAGGGGAAAUUUCUGCACCUUAUACCCAGCAAACAUGGUGCAGUAAACCACCUUUCAAUAUCUACUAAUGAAAAAUAUGUUGGAUUCUCUACACAGAGGUCUGUUGUUUGUGUGUACGCUGUUAACUUAUCUGCACAGGCGGCUCCACAAGUUAUUUUUACAAAUCUAUGUAGUGACCAGUCUGUUCAGGUAACCUGCAUUCAUUGGACUCAAGAUGAAAAACAGUUCUAUUACGGUGAUUCUAAGGGCCAGGUUAACCUGGUUUUACUGUCAACAUUUAUUGGAACAAGCUUAAUUAAUAUGUCAAUACAUCCAAUCCUUUUUUUGGAAUCCCCAAUCGUGCAAAUAGAUGACUUUGAGUCUCUGCUCUUGGUUUCGAAUUGCUCGAAAUGUAUUUUAUGCAAUACAGAAUAUGAGGAGUACAAACAGAUUGGUAAUAAACCUCGUGAUGGAGCUUUCGGCGCAUGUUUUUCUAUUUCUUCGAAUGAAACGCAGAAUCCAUCUCGAAUCUUCUGUGCUAGACCCGGCUCUCGCGUCUGGGAAGUAGACUUUGAAGGUGACGUUAUACAAACGCACCAAUUUAAAUUCGCAUUGGCUUGCCCUCCAGCUAAAAUUCAUAGAGAUCAAGAUAAUGACAAUGACAAUAUGUCAGUAGACAAUGAUGGUAACGAUGAAAUGCUGGAUUAUCAGCCGCAGAACUUACAAUUUUCGAAACUUCAAAAAUUUUCACAGGACUUCUUGCUAACGUAUACAGAAUUAGGCCUGUAUAUUUUUGAUAUGCGUAAUUCUACAGUAGUUCUAUGGUGUAAUCAAUUUGAACGUAUUGUUGAUUGCAAAGUUUGCAAUGGAGAAAUUGUAGUGUUUACUCAAACGGGAUCUCUAUAUACAGUGCAAAUGCAUUCACUUCAGACACAAGCUGCUACCUUGGUUAGAGAAGAUAAACUUCUGGAAUGUGCUUGGCUAAUGCGAAAGAAUGUUAAGUAUUUUGCUGACAAGGCUAGAGAAGACUACGAAUUGGGAGUACUGAACCAAAUAAAAAACUUCUUGAUGGAUCGACACCAAUACGAAUUGCUAAAUGAUCUUUCUGUCAUAUUUGACGCCAUUGCUCAAUGCGAGUCAAAUGGAGACAAUAACAGCUCUGGUGGCAGUUCGGGCACUGUAGAUAGAAGUUGCAGUUUGGGAGCAGCUGCGGUGCAAAAUCAAAAAUCCUCCGGAGAAAUAUCUCCUCAAGGGGUAUAUGUAUUAGAAAACUCCUUUUGUGACAAUUUAAAACCUCAAAAAGGAGAAAAACAUUUCAAGGACGCCCUAUUGACGGUGACUGGAAAAUUUGGCAAAAAUAUAAUUAAGUAUAAAUUUAAUAUAUUCGCAGAAGAACAACAAAAACUAGUGAGAGAUCUGAUACCAGCAAAUGAGAGAUCUCUACCCUUUAAAGACAUCAAAGCAAUGUAUGAAAAUGACGAGGAAAUAGUCUGUCGGGUGAAGAAAACUACUCCGCAGUCUACAACUAGCAAUAGGGGGACAAAAUCAACUGCCGGGAUAUCUAGUCAACACAUUACAGCUGAAGAAAAAACUAUUUACAAUCUGUAUUUAAUUUGCAAAAGUUCCAAAUUUAGUAAUACAAAUUUUGUCGAACGCUAUCGUUCAUUAUUCGAUGAAUAUUCAGCACCUGAGCUAAUACAACUUUUGGAAAAAUUGUCUCAAGUAAUGAUCGAACAUGGUGAUGACCCGGAGCAAGCCCAGCGGCACUGUUACGAAAUGUAUUUUCAUUAUUUAAAUCCUGAACUUAUCUGGGAAAUGGAUGACUCUUCUAGGGACUAUAUAACGCAAGGUUUCGUUCUCUUGAAUUCAUCCGACGAUAUCGUACGUUGUGAUAAUUGUAUGUUCCCUUUAAGAUUCGAUAACUCGUGUUCAUUCCACGAAUUGGGAUCAGUGCUGUUGCGCUACUACUGGUCACGCAAUGAACAGGUAAAAUGUUUUGAUGUGUUGACACGUGUCCCAGCUCUUUUCGAUGUACUAGCCAAACUAUAUUUGGCCGAAUACAACAUGGAGAAGGUAUUACCCAUUGUCUUGAAUUAUGGUCAGCCUGAUCUACUAAUGGACGUGGGCAAAGGAUUUUCCCUCAACUCCUGGUCAAAGUGCUUUGAACAAUUUGUGGAUUUACAGCAAGGUCGUUUGACAUGUGUAAAUUGUGAAUGCGUUACAACUGUUGAGAAUGUAAAUCGGCAUUUUUUUUAUACUUGGAAUUGUUUCCUGGGUAUUAUUUUGGAAUACAUGGAGGCGGAGGACAUUCUAUCCCUAAUAUUAAAAUGGUCGAAUUCCAUUCCAAAUGAUGCAAUCGACAGAGAAUUAUAUUCGCGUUGUCUUCUUAAAGGUUGACAAAUGGUGCCAAUUUCAUCCAAAAAAACACAUUGGAAGCAUUUAUCAGCCAUUGCAAAAUGACAUGGACAAAAAUCUUUUUAAUUUAUUACUCCCAUUAUGUAUUAAAAAUUCAUACAUUUUAAAAUAUUGUAUGUAUAAGUCAUAUUUAACUGAUAAAAAUGCCAAA